AUUUUAUUUGCUAAUUUUUGUUAAAUGUCUGAUUAACACAUAAUUGUAUGUAAAAUGUGAUGUGAAUGAAAUGACGUGAUGCAUAAAAAACAGGGAGCGCAGCAUCCUGUAUCCUCUGGAAUUCUAAAUCACUUACUCGCCGCUGAUUGGCUGUUGAGUUUGGACCCUUGUUGGGAUGGACCUGUUGGAUAAAAGGAGAAUUUCUAGAGGGAUCAUGCGUAUUGCGCCGUGGACGUGCACAAGGGACCCACUCGUAUGUGAAGAAGGGAAUAGUCUCAGAGGCACCAUGACAGGAAAGGAUGGGGCUGUUUUGUCGGAAAGUUUGAACAAAUCAAAAUCGGUUUGUGCCGCUGAGAACGCGGGAAAUAACAAUCCACAUCUGUCAAAGAGCAGCACCACACAUCCGCCCAAAUGCACGGGCUUCGGCAUCCAGGAGAUCUUGGGACUAAAUAAAGAGCCAUCCUCGGCUCCGAGGAGCACACUGGACUCGUUCCCUGCCGGGGCGCACCUUCUCACCAGCAGGUCGAUGCUCGGUCCAGCUGGUGUUGGGGUUGGGAUGGGAUUAAUUGGCCCUGGAGGUAUUCCAUCGUUCUACAGCCAGCCCGCGUUUCUUGAGGUGCUUUCAGACGCGCAGAACAUCCAUCUGCAGCCGCUCAACAGGACAGUGAGGCCGCUGGAAACGAACCAGUCCGCCAGCUCAGAUUCAGAGGAUGUCUCUUCAAGUGAAAGGAAAGUAUCAAAAUCUUCACUGAAUCAGAGCAAGAAGAGAAAAAAGAGACGACACAGAACAAUAUUUACAUCUUACCAGCUGGAAGAACUGGAGAAGGCCUUUAACGAGGCUCAUUAUCCGGAUGUGUACGCCAGAGAAAUGCUGGCCAUGAAAACCGAGCUGCCCGAGGACAGAAUACAGGUGUGGUUCCAAAAUCGGAGGGCCAAGUGGAGAAAGCGGGAGAAGUGUUGGGGUCGUAGCAGCGUGAUGGCUGAGUACGGGCUCUACGGUGCCAUGGUGCGUCACUCCAUCCCUCUGCCUGAGUCCAUACUGAAGUCUGCUAAAGAUGGCGUCAUGGACUCCUGUGCUCCCUGGCUUCUAGUUCAAGAUGGUUUUCCUACCACCAGCUGCUUUUCUAAACACGAAUACCCACCAUUCUUUGCAGGGAUGCACAAGAAGUCCCUGGAGACCGUUGCAGUCCAAUCAAAUGAGAAGUCAGAUGUCACUCAGAAACCGACCAAUCCCAAGCCGGAUGAAGCCGCCGAAGCUGAGGAAAGGAGGACAGAGUCACCCAUGUCCAAAGAGGAACUGAGGGAGAACAGUAUUGCUGUUCUCAGGGCAAAAGCACAGGAGCACAGUGCCAAAGUGCUGGGAACGGUUUCCUCUGAGAGACUAGAGCACAAAAUGGAGACGUCAGUGACAGAGGAGAAGUCCAGCGAACAGUUAGACGCAAAAGAAGAGGAAAAGAGUUCUUAGAUUAUGCACUGUAAUUCAUCCCUUCAUAAUGCCAGAAAACAUAGGCUUGGUGUGAAAAUAUCUGGGCUGUUUUAUCUUCCUCAUAUUCCUGCACUGAUCUCAUGACAGCACUGGACUUUUGAUUGAUUCUCAAUGUUCCUCUGCAUUUUAUUUUACAUUAGCAAGGUUAAAACCAUUUAGAAAUGUCCAGUAUUUUGAUAGCAGCAUCAGUCCAUCAUGCCAGUGAUCAAUAGCUUUUUUUUCUUCUUCUUUCAAAUAUAGGCCUACAAAAAUUCCAGCCAUAAAACUUCUAUGAAUAAGUAUAGGGCCCCUUUAUCAUGUUGGCAGCCUCCUCAGUGCUGUUUGCAAAAUUGCUCAAUUAAAUAAAACCAUAGAAGUGUGGAUAUUUAUGAUCUAAUUUUAAUAUUAAGUAAUAUUGUCAUCAGAAAAUUAUUGGUCAAGAACUCCUACUGAGCUUUGAAAGAAGAGAAUUGAAGUGCUUUUCAUUUUAAUUUUGUACAGUACCCCGUCUUCAAACUCUCAGUGGUAAAAAGUUGUAAUAGAGUGUAUUGCUGUAUAUAUUGUAAAUUAAAAUAGCCUGCUACAGUAUUGUUUGAACUAUACAUUAAUGUACUGUAGUCUUAUGUGCUUUUUUUCGUAACAUGUAAAAUGUAAAACAAAUUAUAAAAAAAAAGAUGAACAAUACUAACCUGUUUUACAUCAAGUGUUUUUU